AUGAAAACCAACUGCCCUGUUACGUGUGGUUACUGCGGUACCAGCACGGUCGGCUCAACGACAACUUAUUUGUGUGUCGACAAAUUGUCGAACUGUGCCGCAAACAAGGCGAUGUGCAACAACACCAUCUAUCUCUCCUAUAUGCAAACAAAUUGCCCGGUGACCUGCAAAUUCUGUCCGACAACGACGGUGGCCCCGCCGACAACCACUAGCCCAUUCGUUUGCAAAGAUAUUCUAUCAAACUGUGCGACUAACAAGGCUAUGUGUGAUAAUUCCGUCUACAAGCAGUAUAUGACGUCGAAUUGCCCAGCUACGUGCGGGCUCUGCGCGAAUUCCACCAAUGGAUGCCCGGCAGCAGAUUUUACAAACUGUACGGUCUGGAAAUCGAACGGGUUUUGCGACAGCAAAUACUUUGACGAUGCGACGAAGAAAAGCUGGUGCGGCUACACUUGCGGUUAUUGUGGACCAGAUGCGUGUAUUGAUUAUCAUAGCAACUGCACAGUCUGGGCGUCAAACGGCUUCUGCACUAGCACCGCCUAUACCGCUGAGGAGAAGUCCUACUACUGCGCGAGAACGUGUGGCCUGUGCACAAACUGCACGGAUAAUCAUUCAAAUUGUACCGUUUGGAACUCAAACGGCUUCUGUGCCUCCACGGCGUACACAACAACACAAAAGCAGCAAUAUUGUGCCAAGACUUGCGGGUAUUGCGGCAACUUCUGUGCCGAUUUGCAGAACAACUGCACGACAUGGAAGGCCAACGGGUUCUGCUCAAGUUCGGCGUAUAACGCCACAACCAAGGCUUAUUAUUGCGCGUAUACGUGCGGUUGUCCAACGUGGGCCUCGAACGGUUUUUGCCAGAGCACCGAAUAUACCGCGGUGACGAAACAAGCAAAUUGUGCAAAGACAUGUGGCUACUGU